GUGGCACACCAGUGUGGGACAGAAGGAGCUACAGGCCCCCUCCCACAUUAAAGAGGAGCAGCUUCAUGAUGAAGAUGAAGCUCAGUCCUUCCAGCUUCAUCACAGUCAAAGUGAGGAGAACAGAGGGGCGGAGCUUGUAAGUCAACACAUCACAGAAGCUGAUGGAGAGCAUUGUGAAGAUAUCAAGUCAGAACCAGACAGCAUCUUUGCUCCACUGUCAGACAUGGACCACAUGAUGUCACACUCUUCUGAUCACAGUGACCACAUCCAAAAACCUUUGGAGAGUAAAAAUGACUCUAAAGGUGAUACGAGACAUCACACUAACAACAAACACUUUGACUGCUCUGAAUGUGGGAAGUCAUUUAUACGGAAGUGUCAUUUUACAGAACACAUGAGAAUACAUACUGGAGAGAAACCUUUUACUUGCGCUGUUUGUAAGAAGAGUUUCUCCAGAAAGGGUGGCAUGACCACACACAUGAGAACACACACUGGAGAGAAACCUUUUACUUGCUCUGUUUGUGCUAAAAGAUUCAACACUAAGAAUGACAUGAUAUUACACAUGAGAACACACACAGGUGAGAAACCUUUUACUUGCUCUGUUUGUAAGAAGAGUUUCUCCACAAAGCGUAACAUGACCACACACAUGAGAACACACACUGGAGAGAAACCUUUUACUUGCUCUGUUUGUGCUAAAAGAUUCAACACUAAGAAUGACAUGAUAUUACACAUGAUAACACACACAGGUGAGAAACCUUUUACUUGCUCUGUUUGUAAGAAGAGUUUCUCCAGAAAGGAACACAUGACCAGACACAUGAGAACACACACUGGAGAGAAACCUUUUGCUUGCUCAGCUUGUGCUAAAAGAUUCAACACUAAGAUGAACAUGAUAUUGCACAUGAGAACACACACAGGUGAGAAACCUUUUACUUGCUCUGUUUGUAAGAAGAGUUUCUCCAGCAAGAAAAAUAUGACCAGACACAUGAGAACACACACUGAAAAGAAACCGUGUAGUUGCACUGUGUGCCGCCCUCGAUAUGUAGAAAUAUAUUGGCUUUACCCUAACACCUUUUCUUGAUCAAACACUCUGAAAAACGUCUUCUUGUCCACAGGUUUAUUGACUGUAAAAAGUGUGAAACUGAAAGCGUACAAGCAGAAGGAUGCUUACAUUACAGACAUGCACACUCAAGCAUACUACAAUAAAACAUACAUUGUUCUGUGUAUUGAACUUAAAUGGAUAAAUAAAUGCCACAAAAUAUGUAAUUUAAGUGCUCUACAGCAAACUAGCUUACUAUGCUAACAUUCACUUCACUGUAUGAAUUACGAAAAUUAGCAUGACUGACUUUUGGCCAUAAAACGUCCCAAAUUACAUCACAACCAACAAAUAAUACAAGUCCAUCAAAUAUUAGCAUACUACUCAACAAUACAUACCGAUGAUACUUUGUUUGGCAUGAGAUUCGAGCAUAUGAAAACGUUUGCAAUCGUCACCGAACUAACUUAAAGUAGACUUGAAAGGAGAUCCUUGUUGAGCCCUGUUAACAUGGACAUUACUGUAAACUAGACUAUGCUGCCUCCUGCUGUCUAAAGGAGGAAGUGCACCUCACUGUUGAAUUCCAAAGUGAACUUAAACACUGGUUUUACAUAUAUUAUUAAUAAAUUCAACAAACAAGACAGAACACACUGUGUGUGAUAAGAUGUUCAGGUUUAAGAAUCAGUUGAGUAAACACAAGUGUGUAACAGUCAUGGAAGCUGCAGGGAUGUAAAAACACUUAAACAGUGAUUGUGCUAAAUGUAGUUUAAAAACACAGCAUGUUUAAUAUGAAUGUAUAUUUGAUGUUGUAUGUAGUGCUUCUCAUCUUCUAGUCUUAUAUGUUGUCCUGUACUUACUUUUUAAGUUGUGUGCAUGUAUUGAAUAUUAUAUAUGUCGCUACUAUUUUUUCUCAUCUUUGAAGAGAGGACAUCUUAUUAUUUUCAUUGUUUUUUUCCCACACAUUUUUUCCAUUGCAUUUUAUUGAUGUUAUUAUCCAAUUAAAAGUAUGAAUGAAUAAAAUGGUUAACAAAAUGUGGACUCUGGUAGAUUAGCAGCAUUGUUACAUCAUGGAUGUUAACUACUGCAAAACAUCAACAAAGAAGAAAAAUGCUGAAGUUAGCAACACA